AGAGCAGGCAGGGACACUUUGGGAGAUAGAAAGAAUAUCUCAUCUGCGUUUCAACCGUGGCUCGCACCGUACCAUCCUGCCCUGCGCUAUCCUCUUCUGCCAUGUGGUUUCUGGACUGGAUCGUUUCACUCAACACUGCCAUGGUGAAACUUGCCAGCGGUCUGAGGUGCAAGCCUGAUCCCCACCCGAGGGGAGCCGCACAGCAGCCUGACUCACCGCAGGAGCAAGAUGAGGAGAUCUUGGGUUCAGAUGACGAGGAACAAGAGGAUCCUAAUGACUACUGCAAGGGUGGCUAUCACCACGUGAAAAUAGGCGACCUGUUCAAUGGACGGUACCACGUAAUCCGCAAGCUGGGAUGGGGUCAUUUUUCCACUGUUUGGCUUGCUUGGGACAUACAAGGGAAGUGUUUUGUGGCCAUGAAAGUGGUUAAGAGCGCAGAGCACUACACUGAAACAGCACUCGAUGAGAUCAAGCUCCUGAGAGCGGUCAGAAACACAGACCAGAAUGAUCCCAGCAGGGAGAAAGUGGUGCAGUUAUUGGACGAUUUCAAGAUCUCGGGUGUGAACGGAACCCAUGUGUGUAUGGUGUUUGAAGUUCUCGGCCACCAUCUGCUGAAGUGCAUUAUCAAGUCCAACUACCAGGGCCUGCCGCUGUCAUGUGUCAAGAGCAUUAUUCGACAGGUUUUGCAAGGUCUGGACUACCUGCACACCAAGUGUAAGAUCAUUCACACCGAUAUAAAGCCAGAGAACAUCCUGAUGGACGUGAAUGAGGCGUAUGUCAAGAGACUGGCCACGGAGGCCACAGAGUGGCAGAAAUCUGGAGCUCCUCCCCCUUCUGGCUCUGCAGCGAGUACUGCUCCGGCCCCAAAACAAAUGGCGAAAAUGUCCAAGAACAAGAAAAAAAAGAUGAAGAAGAAACAGAAGCGUCAGGUUGAGCUCUUGGAGAAGAGGAUUCUGGAGAUAGAGGGACAGGAGAAAGGACCUGAAGGGGGAGAAGAGGAAGAGGAGGAUGAAACGGAGACACCCGACAGCACCCAGUCAGUCCCCACCAGUCAUGAAAUCACAGCCGAGGCUACACCGGGUGGCGUCUCAGAUGGUUGGUCUCAGCACAGAGGCACCAUCAACGGUCACAGCCAGGGCCCAGAGGAAGAGCAGACCCUGGAUCUCCAGCAGCAGAUAAAGGACGAGACCCCCGUGAACCCCUACGACAGCGGCGCCGAGGGCUCUGAGCCUACUAACCCUUACCCAGCAUGCAACGGCAACGUAGAGAACGAGCCCAGUCCUCAGUCCACUGUCGCCACAGACGGUAAUGGACCUUUGAUUUGUGACGUGGUUGAGUCACAGUGCCCUAGGGUGCAGGAUCAAGAGAGCCCCACGGCGGAGCUGAAUGGCUCCGGUUCUGUUGAGGGCCCUAAAGCUGAGAUGGGCCUCACCAUGGAGGUGGACCCCAGUUUGCAGGCAGCCACAGAGGAGGAGAGUCUGAAGGACGAUAAAAUUGCAGAAGGAAACCUGCUAGUCAACCCUCUGGAUCCGCUUAAUGCUGAGAAGAUCCGAGUGAAAAUCGCUGACCUGGGCAACGCCUGCUGGGUGCACAAGCAUUUCACAGACGACAUUCAGACUCGGCAGUAUCGCUCUCUGGAGGUGCUGAUUGGAGCAGGAUACAGCACCCCAGCUGACAUCUGGAGCACAGCUUGCAUGGCAUUUGAGCUGGCAACAGGCGAUUACCUGUUUGAGCCUCACUCCGGAGAGGAUUAUUCCAGAGAUGAAGAUCACAUCGCGUUGAUUAUCGAGCUGCUGGGGAAGAUUCCUCGUAAACUCAUCACAAACGGCAAAUAUUCCAAGGAAUUUUUCACCAAGAAAGGUGACCUUAGGCACAUCACCAAGCUGAAGCCGUGGGGUUUGCAGGACGUGCUGGUCGACAAGUACGAAUGGCCCCGAGAGGAAGCCCAGAAUUUCUCAGACUUCCUCCUACCAAUGUUGGACCUCGUCCCAGAGAAAAGAGCCACGGCUUCCGAGUGCCUCCGUCAUUCCUGGAUCGCCACCUAGUGGCCAAAAAGCUCCAACACACACACACACUUCUCUGGACUCAUGAAUGCUCCCCAGGGGCAGACGCUGUCUUAAGAGCCGUGCCUGGUGUCAUGGCAGAUAUUAGCAAGUACAAGAAGGUCCGCUCACACAGAUCCACUUCUCAAAUCGUUGUUGCUUUUUUACGUUAUUGGUAUAAUUUGUGUACUAUCAUUACAGUGGUUUGUGCUCUUGCUGAUUUAUCUAAUAGCCACUUCUCUGUGGAUUUCCGUCAUAUCACAGGAUGGUUUGACAUGUCAGAAUUGAUUCAUCUUCUUAAGAGAUUGGAUUGUGUUCCACUUCUCUCUGUUUUCUUAAAAGCGUAGUGUUGUAGUAAAUCGGACUCAGCAGCUGAUUGUAGUUUUGUUGUUUUUUUCACUGUAUUAAAAAAAGAGAUUAAUUACAGCUUCCUUCAGACUGGUUUCCAUAUCUAAAACAAGGGGUUUUACAUCCGCUGUCUGAAUGGAGGGAACAUGAAUGGACAUUUUUGAAGUUAUAAGUGUGUUUCAGAAGUCUUCAUAUUGAAUGUGAGCUGCUAUACAGUGUAAGAGAAACAUGCAUAUAUUUUUACAACAAAUGGCAAAAAUGCUAACCCUCCAUGCGUCACAAUCAUGUAUUUAAUUCAUUGUACAACAGUAAUAAUGAUGUUUAAGAUGUGAAUGCCAGGGAAUAAUUUUGGUAUCAAGGUCUAUUUCUGUUACAAAAUCUAAUAUCAGUGAAAACAUUUGAAAUUGUGUACAUACUCAUACCAAAGAGUUGGUUCUUCACACGAUCAGUGCUGUACAGACUUAAGUCCCAUCACUGUGUACAGUUUUGCUAUGAAUGAAUGGCUUAAGGAAAAUGUUUGAGAAUCACUGAUUUACAGAUUGCUUGAAAUGAAUCUGUGCGUCUUUUGAGCUUUUUCCCCCCUACGCUUGACUUUGAAGGGCCUCUAGCUUUCUCUUCUGGACGAGGCAGUUUCAUGUGACCUUUUACAGCAUCACAAAUAUCAUCAUCCGUCUCCUUUUUCAUGAAUGUCUCUCUGCUUUGAUUGUCCAGCAUUGGACUAAAAUUGUUUCUGUAGUGACUUCAAAUAAAGUUUUUGAAAUGGCAAAAA